AUGCCGUUGGGUUACACGCCAGAGGAGAAGGCCCGGUUCCAGCAGCUGGUGAACCUGCGCCGCCGGUGGCUGAAGGACCAGGAGCUGAGCCCGCGCGAACCUGUCCUUCCGGCCGAUAGCAAAGGGGCCGUGGACCGGUUCUGGGAGGGAUUCCUACAGCAGCGGAGCCUCUGGAGAAUUUAUACCUAUAAGACAUGCAACGCAGGCUGGUGGACUUUGACUCGGUUGCUGAUUCCUGCCUGGGUUGUCCAUUACUACGUGAAGUACCAUGCUGAAGCUAAACCAUAUGGCGUUGUGUGUGCGAAACCAAAAAUUUUUCCGGGUGACACAAUACUGGAGACUGGAGAAGCUAUUCCACCAAUGCAGGAGGAUGAGCAGAAUGGGCACCACUAAUCAGAGGACAUUAUGGAUGUCUAGCAUCAAUGGUUGUACAAUUAAGUUCAGAGGAAAGGCACAGAUACAGUUGCUCCAUUUGAAAGAAUUAUUUAUCAUUAAAUGCUGAUUUACCAA